ACAACUUCCGGGUCGGUGCUUUUGAAAGGUUGCUAAGGUUGACAAAUUCUGUAUUUUGUCUUUUAAUAACAUUGUGGAUUAUUUUGUGAUGUACAAACAAGUUACCUUGUUAUAAUAUUGAUCAGGCUAGGUUUGUUAUCAGCCAUGCGCUUUCCUAUCACUAACCUCAGUUGACUCUAGUCUACCGAACUUAGCCAAUGCCAUUCACCAAACUCGCCAGGUCAUGGUCACUGGCACAUCGAAUCAACAUAAUUUAGACCUACUGGGUCUCGUCUCUUCCUCCAGAUUAGCUUAUUCCCUUAUUGGAACGUGAUGACUUUGUGAUGAAAACUGAUCACUGAACAGCAUGUACACACUCAACAUAUUGAAUGUAUUGCAGGAGGUAAAGAAGUAUCUGUUUUUAUCUCCUCUACUUCUGCUUCCCUAACAAAAUGAUUUUAUUUACUGACCUGUCCCACACAUUGAGCCAUGGCUGUAGCUAUGCACAAGAGCGCUACAAAAGUGAGUAACACUGCAACCAUGAAAGACAAAGCAAUGAAUCAUUUGGAUUUCAACCUUGCACAACCUAGUAGUGCUGGUGCUAAGUCUCUUCGGAAAAAGAAAAGGAAAAACAAAAAAUGUCCUAAAGUCAUGAAGCCUCUAGGUCGACAAAAAGUUAGAUCAUCAUCAGCUUUGGAGUCAAAGUCAGAAAACACUACCAGUAGUACUCCUCAUCAUGGCAUGACUUCCUCAUCAUCAUUCCGUUUCUGUGAACGCCCUAGCACAGCAGGAAGUCUUCGUCUACCAUCUAUCAAUACUCCAAUGUCUACAAGUAGCACUGCCCUCUCUUCCUCUAUAGACAGAUUAGCCACGCCACCUGGAAGACAAAGAGCUACACUACCAGAAGCAUCCCAACCCACUUCCAGUGAACGCAGAAAGAAAAUUCCACUUCUUGCUGCAAUCAAACCAGCCAAUGAAAAAGCAGAAAAAGAAAGAUUUCUACGAGCAAAAUGUCAGUACAAUCCAUACUUCAUCUACAAAUUCCCUGCUGAUGCUGAAGUUUUAGAGAGGGUUAGUGUAGCUUCAGACAAGUUUAUACCACAGGCGAUCUUGAUAAUGGAGCGUGCUAUUGAUCAGUAUGGAAGCUAUGAGAACUUUGAAACAGAGACCGGUGGUCAGAUAAUAUCUCGUGGACAAAUCAACAAUUUGGUGCAACGCUAUCUCAAGAAGGAAGAUAUAGAAAAAGAAAUUGUUGUCAAUCUGACUGAGGAACUCCUUUCUAGGGGGUCAAUGACAAGACAUAAAGGCAAACCUCAGCUAAAUGUUCGUGUUAGUAAUCUGAGGGAAUAUUGGGUAGAAGGACUUCUUCGACAUGAACUUGGUACUCACUAUGUCCGCAGUUAUAACAAUAAAUUUCAACCAUGGUGCAACUGGAAGGUACGUAAGGAGCUGGACUUGUUACCGCUGAACCCAACAGAGGAGGGUCUGGCCUCUCUGCAUAGUGUGUUGUUCCGUAAGAACCCUUGUCUAUGGCGGUCAGCAUUGCUUUACUACACAGUAUAUAAGGCCUCAAAACUAUCUCUCAAGGAUCUGUUUAAAGAUCUGGGUCGGUUUGUCAAUGACCCAAAUGUACGAUGGGAUUACUGCAUCCGUGCCAAACGUGGCCAGGUAGACACCUCGACACCAGGUGCAUUUUCCAAGGACCAGGUGUAUUUAUCUGGAGCACUUCAAAUUCUGAAGUACCGCCGGCAGAUUGACUUCCCUAUGAUGAUGAGACUUGGGAAAGUGGCAUACCAGGAUGUUGAUCGUCUAAAAGGUUAUGCUGAUCUGGAAGGGACACGGGUGCCAACAUUCAUGGAGGACAGAACGUCCUACAUCAAACAUCUGGAUCGUAUUGCAGAGGCUAAUGGCCUUACAGACCUUGUACUACAAAAUGUGUGAUGAUUUGUAAACCUAUAGGUUGUUAAAUACACACCAACUAUUGUGAUGUUUUUUUUUGUGGUCUGCUUAUUAAAGUAUACCUUUUGAUUUCACACCAUUAGGAUUAUAAUGGUAUGCUUUAAUGUAAAUUACCUCAACAUGAAGUUCUUUUCUGAAGAAGUGAACUCUGAACCAUAUCUCCUGAUCCUGUAAUAUAUCUACAUGUAUUAGCUUUGUAGCAUAAUUUUCUUCUAAAAAUGUUCAUGAACCAGAAUUAUAACAGACACAGGGAUAUUAUUGUGUUUAUACAUUGUAAUUUCAUACAUUUUUGCAUGCUUUAUAAAUGUAUUAAAGAUAAUAACUUGGUAUUACUUCAAAAAUUAUAUUUUUCCAUUAGUCUGAAAUCAAGAUACCCUGACUGUACUUCCAUGUAAUUUAAAUGUACAUGAAACAAUGAAGAAGACAAUUAAUUAUUGGUACAGAGGCGUGACAAAGGGUAUUUGUUAUUGUUAUAGUUAUUGUCGAAGAGACAAAACAAGAGAAAGAGUUGUUUUAGGGGAAGAAGUUGUAGAACAGAGAGAAAAAAGUGUUGUCACAGGGAAAGACAAGGAGAAAAAAAUGUUUUCUGGGGUGGAAAGACAAGGGGAAAACUUGUUGUCACGGGUAAAGACAAUGGGAAAACUUGUUGUCACAGGGGAAAGACAAGGGGUUAAGUUGUUGUCACAGGGGAAAGACAAGG